CACGUGACAAACGUCAGUCUUUUGCUUCCUGACGUGAUGUUUCAGAACUGCACCAAUGACGGCUACUGGCAGCAGCGCAUUAGCAUUUUUAAAGUCUGCACGGCUCGUCAUACACGACGCGGGGGCUGCAUCCACUUUACCAAAAGGGUCGUGUGGCAUUCCAGUGUGGCCGCUGCGACGCCACGCUUGUUGGAGGGGGACGCGAGACAAGCUGGCUGAAGGGGCCGAUGAGACGAAGUUAUCGCCAACCGAUCGCGACAUCGCGCGAAUCCACCGACUGGCCUGUGAGAAUGGACAGCAGACAUAUAAAGAUCCCGUGACUGGAUACCUGGUCUUCACCGAGUAUGCCCAUCUUCAGAGGGGAAGGUGCUGUGGUUCUGCAUGCAGACAUUGUCCAUAUGGUCAAGAAAAUGUCCAAGACCCUGCGAAAAAGAAAAUUUUCAAUUCACUUUUUUAUACCUAAACAUGGACAUUUCAGUGGCAUUUUAUGAAGAAAAUAAAAAAGAAAUAGGAUGAUAGCUAGCAUCCUGUAACUCACUGAAUUAUUGUUAUGUGCCCUAUAGCAUGGUCAUAUUUUGUUAUAUAGUUUUAAUUUAUGUCACAAGCAUUAAAAUAUAAUAUGAAACAAUCUAGCAGACUUUAAUGGAUUCAUUGUUAAGGUGUUUUACUUGAAUUAAGUAUUUAUUAAACUGAACAAUGUUGAAACUUACAUUAGUUUGCAAUUGUGCAGUAUUUUCUCUCUUUUAAAGAGUAACAGAGGAAUUCUGCUAUUUUUUGGAAAGAAUGUAUUUCUGCUCCCAAUGAUGAUGUUAUACGAGAAGGAUAACUUCUGCAGUAACAAAUAUUAAGUUGUUGUAGCAGCCACUGAUAUUUUAUUUAUUUUAAAGAAGCAGGUAUACAAGAAUACAGUGGACACUAUAAAUGCAGAGGUUGUGCCCUGUCAGCAUUUUUGGUUUGAUGAUGUCCUCUCCUAAUUAUCUUCAGUAUCUCCUUUGUGUUAUGCCUAAGUGUCAGUAAGUUAACAAUUAGUACCUCCAUUAAUCUGAUGUGUGGUUGGAAUACAACAAAGUCAACAAAGUCAAGUUGGAUUAUAUUAAAAAAGAAUAAAUCAGAAAAGAAGUAAAACUGA